UUCCCUCUCAAAGUUGGUUAUUAUAAAUAGAAGCACUACUGCAAGUUAGGAUUUACUGUUCAUAAAUCUCUUUUUCAUUUUUGGAUAUCAUUGUAACAAUUUCUUCAAUGUCUGAUCAAAGGCCUUUCCUUAGCCUGAAGAAGACCUUCUUUUACAAUUUCUUUCCAUCAAAAGCUGAAGAAGAAGCUUGCAAAGUUAACAACACUCCACAUGUAGUGACUCGAGAGCUAAUUGAGAAACGGGAUGUAUACCCUCCCCCAAAAAUCGAUCUGAAAAAUCCAUGGCAGAUCAAGAUAAAGAUCACCAGUGGCGAGGUUGAGGCAAGAAUGCUGAUGAUUCCAUUCAUCGAGACGUUUGAGUACAUUCUUCGAUACUGGACAUUGGAAAUGGCCAAAAUUUUGGUGAAUGGUUGCGGGGUGCAUGUUGACGUGUGGGAUGUAACUGCUGAGAAUUUCCCUAAGAAGUAUGAAGGUGAGAGUGUUUGCUUAUGGAAGUUGUACAAUGAUGACUAUUCUCUUUUGUGCAUUGAAUUGUUCAACGAUAGCAGAUUGGGCGUUGGUGAUGAAAUUGGGCUGUUUUGGGAUCCUAGAUCUUUAAAUUUUAUGUUCAAAUUACUUUCUAGGGUUUCGUGAUUCAAGGAAGAUAUUGAUUCAUUUGUAGAAAUUGGGAUAUCUUCAAGGUUUUAUGUUCAAAUUAUGUUAAACGAUUCAAGAAAUAUCACAGCUUUGUAAAAUAGAGCAUGAUUCUUUUCUCAAAUUUAGUCAGUUUUUUGUAUUGGAAUAUCUGGGUUCUUAGCUAUGAUGAUUCUUGCAGAUACCCAAAUUUCUGUACUUGUAUUUUCAAGAAAAGAUUGGCUGACAUUUCUGGCCCAAUCUGUUAUUAAGAGAUGAGUUUCCAAAACAUCUUGUAGUAUUGUUCUUGAAAGGUCAUACAGCAACCACAUUAUUUUUCUUUACUUGAUAGAACAGGACAAAAUUUUCAUCCGAAUGGAGAUGGUGAUCGUAAUGGAUGGUCAUUGCUCGUGGCUCAUAGCAAUGGGUGCAGCAGGUGAAAAUGCCAAAGGUGAACUUAUUCAUCAUAGCCUGAGUAGCCUUUUCUGACAGAAGAAUGUUAAUGAAUU